AUGGAAUUAAUGUUUAGGCUCUCUUUCCUGCUAACUCUAUUGGUGAUCCUAGGAAACCGUAGAGCAAAGGCAGACAUUGCUAACUGCCAUUUCUACGACACCGUGAACCUCACAUCCAGCCAGAGAUCCCAAAAUGGAUCUUACUUUUACCAGGGAGUGGAGAUUCCCCCCAACCAGACGGGGGAGUAUAGUUACAUUCUGCUGCCCGACGGGGAACGAGAACCCGUAAAGAGUCAUUGGAGAGGCUGUGCCUGUAAGAUGAAGACCUGCAUCCGACUGUGCUGUCCCCCUAACCAGUAUAUGGACGAGUAUAGCGAGUGCACAGAUGGCCUGGAUGAGGACACGUGGUCCGGCCACUAUGUGAACAUUACCAGCGGGACCUCAGUGAAGAGACUGGACUUCCACAAGGAUUUUAUUCUUCAGGGGCAUCUACCUCAGCCCUGUCAAAAUAUGUAUAAUCUAGAGGAAAAUGAGGGAGAACUCUUUGAGAAUGGAACAUUCCUGCGUUUCUUCGACACCAAGAGCCUCUCCAAGCAGGAGUACUGCAUUCAGCCCCGAAAGUUGAACGAUUCCAUACGAAUUCUGCCGUAUAACUGUGCCAUAGAGACCGGUCCCGAUUGGGGAAAGACAGUGGCAAUCAGCACGUCCUUGUUCUGUAUUAUUGUCACCAUCGCUAUUUACUGUCUGGCAGGAAUGCUUAAAAGCUUCAACAACGUAUGCCUCACUUUCUACAUGGCGAGCUUGGGCUUAGGAAGUCUUAUGCAGCUCCUGGAUUCUUGGCACGUACCGACUAACACGCUAUGUGAACCCACAGGCUACCUUGGUUACUUCUUUAUAAUAUCGGCCUUCUUCUGGCUUUCCGUGAUCAGUCGGAAUGUGGGGAGGAGCAUUGGAAAAUGCGUGCCAAUGACAAACCGUAAAGCUAGCAUGAAGAAGUACUUGAAGUACAGCGGAUAUGCAUGGGGCAUUCCUGCCAUCCUAACAACAACCAUUGUUCUGUUGGAUUUUACUUUGGACAGAGAUGAAUACGAGAGAUGGAUGCCAGGCGUUGGGUUCUACAACUGUUGGGUCAAAAGUGAGGACAAGAGCGCCAUGAUCUACCUCUAUGGACCGAUACUGAUUCUGAUCACCUACAACAUAACCGUAUUCAUCCAUGCGGCCAGGAAUAUUGUGAGAAUCAAGAUGAAGACAAGGAAAACUUUUGAUUCGGGGGAGUCGCACUUAUCGACAGGAGUCGAUUCGGAUAUGGAAAUAUUCUUAACCUGCAUUAAGCUAUUUUUGGUUAUGGGGGUGUCAUGGAGCCUGGUGAUCAUUUCCUACUUGGUGGAGAACGACGGUUUGUGGAGUAAGAUUUUGUUGCCGAGCGACUACAUUAACUACUCCCAAGGAACUAUAAUCUUAUUGGUGGUUCUGUCAACAAAGUCCACCAGGCGUUGUCUCCAGGAGAGAUUUCAAUCAAAGCCAGCCGCCAGAACCAGUAAUUAUUCCAAGGUGCAAGCUUUCACUGGGACUACAGAGUCGACAUCGGCCUAGGAAUAUUAUUAGUGUAGCCUGAAUAAUCGGAAACUACUAUGAAUAGUACUUAUAAUGGCUUCGACUCUGACUCAGCUUUGCGAGAUAUAGCUUCUGCCUGAAACUGAAGCAUGAGCUUAUCAAUACUAUAAUUUUUUAU